AUGCGCCUGGGCCUUCCCGGCCGUAGGGGGCCGGCGGUGGCCGCCUGGCACCCCAUGGUGGGCCGGCGGCUGGCGGUGGGCAGAUCGUUCGCGCCCGAGCGCCGGCGCGGCGCGCGCUCCGUCGCGGCCACCGUGUGCAUGGCGGAUCUGUUCAGCGCGGCGUCGGCCGUGCCCGCCGUGGCCUCAUCCGUGGCCGUGGCCUGGGGGGCGCUCAUGCUGACUCAGAGCGCUGGGCAUGCGAGCCAGAUCGGCGAGCCGUGCCCCGCGUGCGGCGGCACCGGGCUGGAGACCUGCUUCUGCAGCCGCUGGUCUGACGGAGACGCGGGCUGCCAGUCCUGCAACCACACGGGGUACAUGAAGUGCCGCAGCUGCGGGGGCGGGGGCACCGCGGUGCCGAUUGCCCUGACAGUGAGAAAGGACGACUCGGCUGGGAGGCCGUUGUGA